GGCAGCAGUGAAAGCGGGAUGAACACCACUACAAUCAGUUUCCUCGCCCUCCACAGCUUCCUAAAGACAUCCAUCCUGGCUGCGGCCUCCAGCCUCAUGGGUCACCCGGAACUCUGGGUCGGAGCGGACACAGGAACCAGUCUAUGAGCCAGUCCAAGUGCCUUUCUUCUGGUGUUUGGUUUUCUCUUCUCCUGGACUCCUUUAGAAGCCCUCCUGUGAAUCUCCCAACUGCUCCUCAGAUCCUGCUCCUGAAACCAUCCCAUACUUUCCAACCACAACUUCAUUCCAUGGGAUUUUUAACAGUUGUUUUCAAGUUUUCAAACCUCCUUCUACCAGCACCGCAAGAUCAUGAGGGGGAACACAGUUUUCUUCUAUCCACAAAGGGUUUGAAGAGAAGUAAAUCUAGAAGAACAUAAAGGAAAAAAAGGAAAACACCAGGAAAGAGAAUAGGUGCAGUAAAGAGGAUAAGAGGAAAGAAACUAACUUCCCCGGUAAAGGAUUUUUUUUGUUUGUUUUGUUUGGAGCCCAUCUGUGAGGCUGUGAGUUCCUGUCCUCAUCCUCUUGCAGAAUUCUUCAACACCUGACACCAUGUCACUGAGGGACAGAUCAAGGAGUGAAAGUGCUGGCAGCCACCUCUGGAUGCUGCUGCUCCCCCUGCUCUGCACUCUGUUGCUGGCACAGGGAUCCACUUUGAGCCCAGAGGACUCACUGUCCACCGCUGCCACAAUGCUGCCAGAUGACUGGACCAACACCACGGCCCCACUGCAGCCAGACCUGCAGACGGUAUAUCAAACACCCACAGAAGAGCCAGCGGAGGCAACGACAGAAGAUCAGACGGAGGCUCUGACAGAGAUGCAGACUCAGGUCUUCACCAACAACUAUACAGGUCUGUCCUGUGUCCCUGUAAUGCCACCUCGUCGGGGUUCCUUCUACGUGGAGAGCGGAACAGGCAUGUCGAUUGGUAGUGUGCUGGCCUUCUGGUGCAGAGAGGGAUACCAGCUGGUCGGCAGCGACACGAUCUCCUGCCAUGUCAGACGUGGCAAACCACAGUGGAGCAACUACCUACCUGUCUGUGAAGCGAUCCCCAGACCGGAGGACCGUGGACUAAGAGUGGCUGUUUUGGCUUCUGUUGUGAGUGGAAUCGUAAUUUUUGCCAUGUCCCUGUCCUUUUUGGUCUGCUGCCUGCAGGAGCGAUCUAACCGGGACCGUGCCAAGAAAGAGGGUCGAAGCAGACGCAGGGAGAAGCGAUCAGGCCGCCGCAGUGAGUGCUGGCUGGAGACAGAAGAAGGAGAGUGGGAAGCCUUCCCUCCACCCAAGAUCUUCCACCUCUCCCAAAGGAUGAACCCACGUCUGGCUCCUGACAGUCCCCUCUACCUAACAGGAGGCCUCAGUGGAUACGAGAACAGAGGAUACCAACGGAGUCAGGAGAGUUUGCUGAAGACCUCUCUGCCCGGACUCUACCGUUCUGAGGCUCAGCUGUACCCACAUGUCGUCCUUCAAAGGGUCCCAACACCUACUGCACCCUCUGCUCCUUCUGCUCCAUCAGCCCCUUUGUACCUCCACCUUCCCCCAUCUUCUUCAGCAGGCUCCUCCCCAGCCCACACCACUACCCAAAGCCAGCCACGGAUCUUGGCACAGUACCCUACACCAACAUAUCCGCCCAACCCCAACACAGCAGUGCCCGCUUACCCUCACCCAACACCAGCACCCAUUUACCCCAAUCCUAACCCGCCACCUCAGAGGCCAUGGCAGUAGCUUUGUCUUCGAGUAUCCAGUUCUUCAGGGUGUUUUAGCUGACUAUGCAGAAGGAACGCAAAGACAAAAAAAAGGUCUGAGUCACGUUCUGGAGAAAUCCUUUUGCUCUUUUCUAUCCCUGUUUUCUCCCACAGAAAAUACCUUGCUCCAAUACAGACAUGAAGGACAUGCAGCAAACAGCAAAGAACUCUUUGUUACUGCAUGUUUGAUGGACUUUUCCUGCCGCCAGAACUCCGGCAGUGAUCAAUUGAGUUUUCUUCCGUAAUUGCUGCUGCGAUAUUUGCAGAAAUAGAAAGUCAUUGGGGAAAUUUAGCUUUCUACAUGAUCUUACAAGAAACUCUAUCAAGCCAGUGAAGGAAGGACCUUGGGUUGGGGUUAUAAUUUGUGCACUAACCUCAUUCUUAAGAGAAACCUGCCAUUGUAGGUGUGUUUAGGCAGCUCUAAGCCAUUUAAUGUAUUUUCUAUCAUUAACCACUCAUAAUAAGAUUCCUAUCAGCCUUUUCCAUGUGUUGCUGGUCUAAUAAAGUUUUAACCGAAUGAAGGGAUGUAUAGGUAUCGACGUAGCCUCUGUAAUAAAACAUCAUGUUGACCAGAGCUGUAAGUAAGUUCAUGAAUGCCGCUCUGGUACUUUCUGGACCUAUGACUAGCACGGACACUGUGACUGAAAUGCUGCUGUUCUUCCAGCCCCUAAAACAAGUCUAUCUUGCACAUUUUGUGUGCAUUUCAAAAUUUAGAGAUGCUUUUCAGCUGAUCUUCAACACCAAAACAGUUCUAUUAAUGUUUUCUCUUUGUGUUUUCUUACAAAACCUAUGGUCGAGCAUUUAACUGACUAGAUAUUGUAGCAUUGCCUGACAGGGGCAUACUGAUCUGCAUAGGUUCCAGUACUUAGAGCCUUAUGUGGGACCUAUUGGACCAGGGUCCAAAGAGAAGAAAAUAAUAGUUUUGAACAUAAUCUCUGGUUCUAUAUAAUUAAGGUUGCAUAAAAGAGGGCAAAUCUAUUGUUGAUAUCCUGUAAACUCUGCUAAGCUUGUGUGUAAAGUUUAGGCACAUAGAUAUAAUCCCUUGGAAAUCCUUACACAUUUUGGAGUGCAAAGAAACACUGUUCAUGUUUACAAAAUCAAAACGUUUGGGGUGUCUACCAGUUUUUUGACUGUUCUUCUAUGCACAAUAGCUCAAGGUUAAUCAGAUAGAAUGGGCAAUGCCUAUGACCAGCAUGUGGACUAUGACAUUACUGAUUUAACAAAUAAAAAUGCUUUGAUCUAAAUCGCUUCAUUGUAUCUCUGGGUGUAUGUUCAUGGUCGAUGUCCUGCUGGAAGUUGAGCCCUCGCCCCAGUCUUAAGCAGCCUCUAAGAGGUUUUCUUCCAGGAUUGCUCUUGUACUUAGCUCCAUCCAUCUUUCCUUUAACUGUGACAGCUUCUCUGUCCCUGUUGAAGAAUAUCAUCCUGGCAGCAUGAGGCUGGGAAUGGUUUGUUCAGGGUAUUGUGCAAUAUUAGUUUUCUGCAUUCUGACUAGAGUAACACUUUCCAUGUUUCUUGUGUGCCCUACAUGCGUUGUGGCAAUGGCUUUGUUCUUGCCGUUCCUCCAUAUAAAGGUCUGUAUUGUGCAGUGUUGACUUAAAAUCAUGCUGUUGACAUAUUUUCCCAAUUGAGUUGUGGAUCUCUGCAACUCCUCCAGAGUUACCAUGGGCCGUUCGGCUGCUUCUCUGAUAAAUGUUUUUCUUACCCAGCCAGUCAGUUUAGGUGCAUCUACUACAAACCUAAAUUAUGCAGAGGUGGAUUUUAUUUAUUAAUCAGGUGACUUCUUAAGGGAAAUGGAUCAUCUGAAUUUUAUUGGAGGGUAUCAGAGGAAAGGGGGCUGGUUUCAAUUUUUUAGAUUUGUAUUUGUAAACGGAAGGAAAAAUCUUGCAUUCUUUUCCUUCCACUUUACAAUAAAAUCCUGCUUUGUUGUUUUUAACAUGAAAUCUCAAUAAAACAUUUUGAGGUUUGUGUUUGUAACAUGAUAAAUGUGAAAAGGUUUAAGCUGAAUACUUUUGCAAAGCACUGUAAAUAAACUACAUAACCUUCAACUUUUUUUGUCCCAGUAAUAUCAUGCAUAUGCAUUGAAGUUAUAUGCAGAAGUUUUAAUUGCCUACUUUUUAUUUUAAUAGUUGAACUUGAAUUAAAACACAAAUAAACCUGCUGCUUUCAGUUUUAAACAACUUGAGCUGUACAGUUUUUCAUGAAUUCUUAAAGUGAACUGCUGUGUAAGACAGAUGAAACUAAAUAAAUUCAUUUUGUUUAAUUUCA